GUCAAAUGUCAAAUAACAGUAUAGCCAACGUUAUAGAUUUUUCAUAACCCUCUAGACCAUUUAUUUAUUUAAUCGUUGUAAUCGUAAAAAUUAUAAAUUGAUAACAUAUUGAAAAUGUUGUUUAACUAGUAUUUUACACGUACUCGUUUAAACUUGACGUAACGAUAAGCGCAACUAUUUUUCUAUUUUAAAAGUGGACGCAAUAACAUACGCAUUCUUUCGCCCUCCUAGAUAACAAAUAUGCCUUCAAUACUGUUAAAACUCGCGUAUGCCUUCAUUUGCAUUUAUUAUGUGGUAAUACCUUUGGGAUUUGUAACAAAGUGGUGCUUUGGUGAGGAGCAGUUUGAAAUGACCGGGAAAGCUUUAGUAUUGGUCACUGGUGGUGCUGGCUAUGUAGGAUCUCAUACAAUAGUUGAAUUAUUAGAAAAUGAUUAUGAUGUUGUGGUCAUCGAUAAUUUGGUUAACAGCUUUGCAGAGUACAAUCAAAAACCCGAAUCUCUCCUAAGAGUUGAACAGAUCACUGGAAAGACUGUUCCUUUUUACAACAUCGAUAUAAGGGAUCGAGCUGCAUUGGAAACAUUAUUUGAAAUGUAUAAAUUUGAUUGUGUGAUGCAUUUCGCUGCUUUAAAAGCCGUUGGAGAGUCUGUACAAAUUCCCUUGACUUAUUACCAGAAUAAUAUAGCUGGAUCAGGAACGUUAUUUGAGGUUAUGAGGACACACAAUGUAAAAAAAAUCGUAUUUUCAUCAUCUGCUACUGUUUAUGGAAUUCCAAAAUUCUUGCCAAUAACUGAGCAACACCCCACUGGUCAAGGUUGCACAAAUCCUUAUGGAAAAACGAAGUAUUUUGUAGAGGAAAUUUUAAAAGACGUUUGUACUUCUGAUCAGGAAUGGAAAGCAAUAAUUUUAAGAUAUUUUAAUCCUGUUGGAGCUCAUCCUUCAGGACUAAUUGGAGAAGAUCCUACUGGAAUACCAAAUAAUUUAAUGCCCUAUAUAUCUCAGGUAGCCGUCGGUCGUAGAGAUAAAGUACAAGUUUUUGGUAAUGAUUAUGACACAGAAGAUGGCACAGGCGUUCGAGAUUACAUCCAUAUAACCGAUUUAGCAGCAGGUCAUGUGAGUGCUUUAGCAAAAUUUGAUGAUACCACCUUUAAAGGUUUCAUGGCGUACAACUUGGGUACAGGGCGCGGUUAUUCCGUGCUAGAAAUGAUCGAAGCAUUUGCUAAAGCGUCUGGGAAAGAAAUCAAAUUUGAAGUUGUCGCGCGGCGACAUGGGGACAUUGCGUCAAGUUUUGCAGAAGCUUCGUUAGCUAAAAAAGAAUUAAAUUGGACGGCGACGAAAGACCUUGAUAGUAUGUGUCGGGAUACAUGGAAUUGGCAAAUUAAGAAUCCCUUCGGAUAUCAAAAGGAUGCAUAGUGAUUACUCCUUUAAUAAAUUAUAUAUUGAUUGUGUUUGAUCUCAUGAUCCAAGUCAAAAUUUUACUUUAUACCUUCUAUUUUUUAUUAAUUUCAAAGUUUACAAUUAACUAUUAUGUAAGUCUAAUAGCAUAUUAUAAAAUUAAAUAAUAAAAGAGAAUUUAAUCGAA